UUGAGGUAAAUUCUCCCCGUGGGGGUUUCUCUUCCGGGAUUGGCGGCUGGAAAUGCGGCUGCGCGAAGUGGAACCGCGCAUGCGCAUAUGCCCGUUCGAGAGGGGACAACCUGAGGUGUUAUUUCCCCCUCUCUUUCUAUCUCGGCACUCGGGGAAGGGAAAAGGCGCGGCGUUUAAACGCCGAGCUUAAUGGUGGAAGGAACAGAACUGCCCGUCGAGGCUCCCUGUGAAGGGAGCGGGCGACCCACUGAGCAUGCGCAAAGGCUUCGUUUCCCGCCCUGACUCUGCGCGUGCGCAUUCCGGGUUUAAACUGCGCGCGCGCUUCCCCGCCCUCUCGCCCCUCCCCCGUCUUAUAGGCGGGGCCGCUUCCCUUUCGCAAGUCGGUCGGGCGAGGGAGCGAGCUGCGCGCAUGCGCGUCGCCGCCGGCCGCCUCGAGCCAGCGAAGCCAGGCAAGGGAGUUUGUGAGGGAAGAAGAAGCGAGGCGGGCCGGCUGGGCAGGAGGGCCCCUUCUCCCACCCGGAAAGGCCGGCCGGCCGGCGGACGGCCCAGCUCGCUGGCGCUGAGGGAGAGCCGGCGCCCCCUGAGAGCUCCGAAGCGUCGCCCGGGAGAGCCCAGCAGAGCGCGGGGAGGCUCCCGGGCCUGCUCUGACUGACGGGCGAGGAGACCUCGCGAGCCCCGCCCUCUCGCGCCAAGCCACGCCCCUCGCCCGCGAGGCCACGCCUCCUCCUCGCCCCUCUUCGUCUCAAGUCAAGCAUCUCCCCCCCCCUUCUUCCUUCUCUUGGUGCAUAUAAGUGGGGGCUGCAUUAUUCCUCUUCUUCCCUCCUCCCCCAAAGCCCCUUCCUCAAGUUCUUGGGCGCCAUAGAGACCAGUAAACCUCUGGCCUUUCCCCUGUCCAGGUGUGGGCCCCCCCCCACAACCACCGCCACCCGUGUGGAUUACUUGGCGGGUGCAGCAACAGCCCCUUCCCUGCUCCUCUUCUUCUCCCCCCACCCACCCCCCAACUCUCUGCCCCCCUUCUCCCCCCGUGGAUGCCUGCCUCCCCCCAGCCGCCAUCAUGGGCAAGGUGCUGUCCAAGAUCUUUGGCAACAAGGAGAUGCGGAUCCUGAUGCUGGGACUGGACGCGGCGGGCAAGACCACCAUCCUGUACAAACUCAAGCUGGGCCAGGCGGUCACCACCAUCCCCACCGUGGGCUUCAACGUGGAGACCGUGACUUACAAAAACGUCAAGUUUAACGUGUGGGACGUCGGGGGCCAGGAUAAGAUCCGGCCGCUCUGGCGGCACUACUACACGGGCACCCAGGGCCUGAUCUUUGUGGUGGACUGCGCUGACCGGGACCGCAUAGACGAGGCCCGGCAGGAGUUGCACCGCAUCAUCAACGACCGGGAGAUGCGGGAUGCCAUCAUCCUUAUCUUUGCCAACAAGCAGGACCUUCCUGACGCCAUGAAGCCGCACGAGAUCCAAGAGAAACUAGGCCUGACCCGAAUCAGGGAUAGGAAUUGGUAUGUUCAGCCGUCCUGUGCCACCUCGGGAGACGGACUCUACGAAGGGCUGACAUGGUUAACAUCUAACUAUAAAUCCUAAUGAUCAUUAAAAAUUAAAAAAAAAAAGACAAACUAUUACUAGUCUUCAAGAGAGUUUAGCGGGGAAAGAAAUACUUGCUUCCCGAGAAAGAAUGAUCCUCCAUACUAAAAUGUUCUGAAAUUAAGCAUCCAUAGGAUUACAAUGAUUGCUCACCUCUUCGCCAGUUACCACCCUUUUCUUCCACAUACUUGACUGGAUCCCCAGUUUAAUACAAUUCUUGCUUGGUGUUAAGAUGCUCUAAUCUUCAACUGUGAAUGAACACAAGCACUAGUUUAUAUGGCAAGCUUCCAGCGACAUGGGGGGGGAGGGGAGAAGGAGACACAUAGCUUUGCAAAGCAACUUUUCUCAUACUAUGAGAGCCCUUGGUUAGGAUGAUUUGACUUCAUUUGUUUUGAGUCUUGGGGCUAAGGCAUCACCUUUUUAAAUGUAUGCUUUCUGAUUUAGUUCCCCCUGACCCCCUCCUCUCCAUUAUCAUCUGCUGUAGAUUUGCUUCCUUUUGCAACCAUGCAGAAUAUGUUGAUAGGUCUCUUGUUAUCUAGUAAACUGAAAACCAUUGCUUAUGAACAAACUGCAGUCUGUCCUUUUUAUGGUGAGAGCUUACCUGUAACCAGAAACUAAAAUUUUCAUCUCCUUUAUCUGGCCUUUUGACAAAUCGGAAGGGUAGCAUUUAGAAUAAAUGUAUGGUUGCUUACUGGGCCCAGUGAUGGCCGGGUAAUUCAAGAACCACUUCAAAAUGUUAGCUGCAGGAGGUUAUGAACCAAAUAUAAUGCAUGAUUAAGGAUGCAAAUAAGUUUCCAUUCUAAAUAGCAACCGUAUGCAGGAUGAAACGAGACUAGUGUCAAACCGCAGUUCCUGUACUUUGCAUUGUAAAGUUAAUUUUUCUGCUGCAACAUGAAGUAGUUGCAUUACUUUCCAGUUUCAGUGCAAAUAUGCUUUCAUUCCAUAAAGUGCAGCAAUAAUUCGUAAGAAUAAUGUGUGAUGUACACAUUACUUUAAACAAAAAAUAUCAUAAACUUGUAGUCAAAACUUGAAUGUUAAAAACUCUUCCUGUCUUAAUAAUUGAGACAAAGGUGGCAGCAUCACAAUUGGUCUAAAAGCUUCUAAAAACUUAAGUAGAUUAUUUGUAGACCUUUUAGCUUGGCUUCUAAGAUGCAUCUUUAUUAACUUGAGGGGGGUGGGGGGGUAGCCUGCAUCUGCAUCUAUACUAUGAUUUGAAUAAGUCACUCUUAAGAAUUUAUUGAGAUGUACUAAUAUGAAGGAAGGAUGUGGCAACUUGGUUUUGCAGAUACUACUAAUUAAAUGGAACAAAUGAGUGUCUUUGGAAGUUGCUUCCCUUUCAUCUGUUACAAAACCAUACUGAAUUCACGCAGGCAGUGACAGACAAUGUUCUGGUAGUACCUUUAUUUGAUCUCCUUUGGAUGUAUAAAGCCCUUUGGAAGGGCAGCAAUGAUUCAGGUGGAGAGUGAGCAAACGACUAUGAAUGUAAACUUCCACGUUCCGUUCUUCAAGGGCAAGCAUCUCAUUUGUCAUAUCGCAGCUUUCAAAUGUCUGAUUAGUUGUAUGGGGGAAAAUGAUUGUGAAUUCAGGUUAGCAUAAAAAUGGUUUCAAUCAAGUAUUAAUACUAGGUGCAAAAAAUGUAAAGCAGCUGGUUCCUAUUCAGCCUUAAGGAUUAAUUUCAGAUUUCCUCAAGGAGUAAAACUCAUCUGAGGAAUUUUAGGAAUGUAUUGCUACAAAACCAGAAGAAAAUUGCUUUUGUUAAAGGGUAUGAGUUUGAAAUAAAAUUGGGGCAUUACACUACACUUCUUCAGUGUUGAUUUUGCUACUUAAAUUGUGGACUCUAGAGCUUGUACCAAAGAUGUUUGAGGGGGAUAAAGUAAUGAGAAAUUAAUUUCUUAGAACUGAAUGCUUAGCAUCAUUAACAGAAAAAAACUUGAGCUCUGAUCCUGAAUAAACUUAUAUCAUAGUUAUUUGGAUUUUUUACUUCCUCCAAAUUGGAUGCGGAUUAUUCACACAAAAUAAUUUUUAGGAUCAGAACAAAAAUUUCAUCGGAAAAACGGCAGUGGUUCACAAAAAGUUCUACUAAAGCAACAAAUUUGUGAGAGAAUCGAACAAAAAUGCUACAUUCUGGUUGCGAUAAAACUAAAUUUAGAAUCUUUCUUCCUGGCAGCAUUGGCAAGAGUGGUAAUGCAAACAAAAAGUCCACAAAACAGUUAAGUGUCGUCUUCUGGAAUAACUAAAGCCAAGCACAAAGUAGUUGCCUAAACUGGAAAACUUGAAGAUCUGUUACUAGUUCUCAAACUUUCAUAUAAAUCUUAACUGCAGUAAAAACAUGGGUGGUUUUACCUUUGGUGAAGGGUUUAUUGUAUCUUUUCUCUCACCAAGACAGAAUCAAAUUGUCAUAUAACUUAUACAUUAAUUUGAAAUCGUUACUUGGUAUGUCAAUUUUGUUCCUCCAAGUGUGCCAGUUUUGUAGGUAAAAAAAGAUAAAUAUUAAUUCUGGUUUUGUUUUCCCCUUUAAAUUGCCAGUCUUUGGUGGGAAAGAUGAAGUUGAAAAAUGUGUGACAAAUGCAUCAAAUAACUUUUGAUACUGAACAAAAAUUAGUAAAGUUUCAUUUUAAGUGUCUCUUUCAAAGAAACAACGUUUUGUGUUUCUCUCUGGCUCAAAGGUAGCCAUAAAAAUUGAUGACUUUGGAGAUUUAUCUGCAGCUUGCAAGAUAAAAUGCAAUCUUAGAAUUCAACUUCUUUGGGGGAAAAGGUUCAGUACAUCCAACUUCUGUGUUCAUGUGACUCUAUAAAGUGCAACUGAAUCCGUUUUUGAAUGGCGUUAACUUUGUCUGAUAAGUGAAUGAGUCUGUAGACUGUGAUCUCCCUGAAUAAAGUAAACAGGAUUUUUUGUGUUCGCAAUAUGGUUGUAGUGUUGGUAAAAGAACUAAUAAGCAGAAAAUAAAGCAAUUAUAAAGUGCA